GAAAAGGGACAAAUAUGCCGGACAUAUUUUUCACUCAUAUUCAAUAACACGUGUUGUGACCUAGGAUAGCAAAGGUACCUGUGUAAGAUGCCCGUAUCGUUUAUAUCUUGUCUGUGUCCGAUGGAACACCGUCGAAACUUGGCUUGAAGCCAUUUCAACAUCAUCUUCGGAACCUACCUGCCCUAACUGAGAAGAAUUGAUGGGUUUUGAAAUGACUGACCGGGAUUCCGGUAUGACAGUUAACAUUCGUGCGGCGCAUGCUACGACAGUUAGCCUGAUCGGGUCUCCGUGCGUAACUGCGGACGAUACGACGACUUCAGCGUCGUCGUCCCCAGUCGAACCAUGUACGCCUUACCCAACUAAUGACAUCACCCCGAUAGGUUUUGCAGCUCCAUUGCCUAGGCAUGUGGCAGCCCAACUGCGAUGGGCUGCUGAGGAUGUCCGAGGAAGCUGUCCCAUGUUUCCCUAUCAGCAUGGCUACCAUACCUGGGACGACGGCACCGACCCUGAAAUUGCGCAUUUUCUAUCCUACGCAAUGUCUCCAAAUCCAUUCUUGAACGUGCCCCGUGAGUUAAAUGAAAGUCAACAAACGCGACUUUACAGCCUUUUUACUGUAUCGCAGGGCCCCCUGGGCAUUUCGAGCAACACCGACGUACCCCGAAUACCCUGCGUGCGAAAGCCGUUCAAAAAGGAGGACAUCCGCCUUCGGCCAUUGGCCGGCGUGGCCGCAAUCAACCAACGCCUCGAAGAAGAGGACAAUGCUUCACUGGCUCAUCAAUGGUUUGCUCAACAACCGAAUGAUCAAACACGCGAAUUCGAACAUGACAAGAUUACCUAUAUCGUAGUACCACGCGAAGUAGUCAUUCCUGAACUAUCGCAGGUUGUCUUAGUGCGACCGAUGCUGGGAACACCCAAUGUCUUAGAUCAGGCAGGACAUCGUGUUCUGUCUGACCUCCUUGGCGUAUUCGGAUCGAUAGAGAACCAGCAAUGGGUAGAUGGUGCGUCGUCUCAGGGGCACGCGGGGGUCCGGAUUGUGUUCCAUAGUUCCUCGGCGGUAGCCCAGCUCUUGGUGAAGUGCUCCUACAUUUACGAGCAUGGCUAUGUCUUCACAGGCGCGGUAGGUUCGCGUUGCAUCAGCUUGCAGAUCUGGCCCUAUUGGCAGAGUUUAGGAAAUUAUCGACGCUACGAAACGUUCAAGGAGGAACUCAUUUUUGAGGAGCCUUGCUACGUGUACGGGUUAGACGAGCCGCUCACGGGUGAACAACUAGCUGCUCCAUUCGACUCCUUAUUCGGGCCAGUGUUGUACGCCAAAGUGUUCCUCGAUCCGCUUGGCUACCCUACGCACGAAGGAUUUGUCGUGUUCCGGGAACGCGAUCAUCACAUAGCUGCGUUGCGCUGUGGCCGAGUCGUUGUCAAUGCGCGCAAUAUUAGGCUCAUCCUUACCACUGUGCCAGAAUUCGACCAUGAACUAUGCUGUCAUUGUCUGGCGAAAGUUGGCAGGGUUUUCUGCCGGCACAGCCAGUGUACGGCCUUUUUUUGCAAUGCGUGCUUUUUUAAGGUACAUGAUCGGCGUAGCCUGAUGCGUCAAAUCGAGGAUCCCCUCUUGGAAGUCGUACAGGAAUCUCAUCGUGUCUAUAUCUACUCAACGGAGAAGGCUAGCGGGCAACAGGCACAGGAAGCUCAGGAACAAGAACGCGAUAACAAAACACAAGUUUGCGUUCAGUCGAUAAUGCGAAGUCCUGCAAAGAACCAAUGACGCUUUCGUGAAUAGUGGUCGCUUCCAAUUUCAACAGCAUGGGUACGUGUACGGUAGGGUCAGCCCACUUUGAAAAAACACUGGAGCUGGGAGAGUGGAGAUUGUUGCUAGUAAACACUGUCAAUUACGAACGGGAUCAAAACCUGAUGGCUGUGGCACGUUCUUGGUUCUUUUGUUUUCACUUAAAAUGUUACCAGCCUGUGUGCCAGCGCUGAAUAUGUCAGCUGGGUACGGAAUUUGCUCACCAUAUAUGUAAACUGGAGAGGUCAAGCAAAAUGAAGUGAUAACGUUGAUAAAGUUGUUGUUUGAGAUGGCCGAAACAGAAGAGGUCUGUUGCGAGCAUAUUAUCAUGAAGAUUAUG